UGUCAGUGUCAAACUGAUCAUAACCUUAAAUGGAUGGAUAAAUUUAAUAAAAAAAUAACAUUACAUAAUGGAACUGGAGCUACUUGGUUCUGAAACAAACGCUCCUAGAAAAUUAUCAUCUGCAGGGAAGAUACUAAUUUAUACAACCGGGGGAUUAGCAGUAGGAGUCAGCAUUGUGUGUAUCCCAUUUGUGUCACCAGCUUUGAGGAAGGUUUGCCUGCCUUACGUCCCCGCUACCACAGAACAACUAGCCGGAGUAACUAAAGCCUUGAGCGGGCGAAGCGGUCGGCUUCUUGACGUAGGUUCAGGAGAUGGGAGAAUCGUUUUUACAGCAGCCAAAUUAGGUUUCAAGUCGGAUGGAGUAGAACUCAACCCUUGGCUGGUUUAUUACUCUAGAAUAGCUGCCCUUUUAUCCUCACAGAGUCAGAACACAAAGUUUUAUAGACGAAACCUAUGGACUUUUAGUCUAAAACCAUACGACAACAUAGUUAUAUUUGGUGUUGAGCAAAUGAUGUCAGAAUUUGAAAGUAAGCUGCUAGCUGAAACUGAAAAUGGUACAGUCGUAGUCGCGUGUAGAUUUCCCCUGCCUAACAUGAGACCACUUGAGACAAUAGGACAUGGAGUUGAUACUGUUUGGAAAUAUGAGAUUAAAAGAUAAAUUAUGUUUGUUUAUUUCUUAG